GGGCGGGGGCGGAGGACAGAGAGGAGGGUAGAGAGGAGGGUGCUGGAGGACGGGUGUGCACUCAUUGUUACCAAGUCGAGGAGCGGCGGAGAUAUCGUCUGUACACGUGAAUGUUUGGCACAACAUUCAGAUAGCAGACUGAGCAUCUCCAGGCGUGGUUGCCAUUGAUAUUUCUUGGAAUCAUCUUUGUAGUCUGCUGAGCCAAGAGAGGCAGGAUUGAUAGCCAUUUGGUCACAGCACCCUCAGGUGACACACUGCUACCAGACUCGCCAUGGUGAUGGAUGCAGCCAGCUUCAGGAAUGGCUGUGUUGGACUGUGUUGCUCAACCCCAACUGUUUCUCUGUGAUCAGACCAGUAAACAGUCCUUACGUCUAGCCAGCUCCCCUUCCUGGUGAAUGAGCCAGAUGCUGACAAGGCUUGGCCCCUCUUUCUCAGCAGUCGUCCUCUGCUCCUUUCGUCUCUCCCCUCCACCAGUCAUGGAUCUCCUGUGGGUGCUGUCCGUGUCCAUGCUAACAGCGUGUGUUGCCAUCCCCAUGGACGCGGCAGCAGGGAGCCACAGCCUGUUCACCUGCGAACCCAUCACCCUGCGCAUGUGUCAGGGCCUGCCCUACAACUCCACCUUCAUGCCCAACAUACUGAACCACUACGACCAGCAAACCGCUGCUCUUGCCAUGGAGCCCUUCCAUCCCAUGGUGAACCUGCAGUGCUCUCCAGACCUCCGGAUGUUCCUGUGUGCUCUCUACGCCCCAGUGUGUACCGAGUAUGGGCGGAUGACUCUGCCCUGUCGCCGCCUCUGUCUGCAGGCCAAGAGCGAUUGCUACAAGCUAAUGGACAUGUUUGGUGUCAGCUGGCCAGAGGAGAUGGACUGCAACAGGUUCCCAGACUGUGACAAGCCCUAUCCCCGUCCUGUAGACCUCCUGUCCAGCUCGGACACAACCGAAUCCCCCAUCUCCGUCCAGAGAGACUACGGCUUCUGGUGUCCAAGAGAACUCAAAAUUGACCCUGAGCUCGGCUACUCUUUCAUGGGGGUUCGGGACUGCUCGCCCCCUUGUCCCAACAUGUACUUCACACGCGAGGAGCUGAUGUUUGCCCGUUACUUCAUCGGGGUGGUGUCCAUCGUAUGCCUGUCUGCCACUCUCUUCACCUUCCUGACUUUCCUCAUCGACGUGUCACGCUUCCGCUACCCAGAACGCCCGAUUAUAUUUUACGCUGUGUGCUACAUGAUGGUGUCCCUGGUGUUCUUCCUGGGGUUCCUGUUGGAGGACAAAGUCUCCUGUAAUGCAGCAAGUCCAGGGAGGUUUAGGGCUUCAACAGUGACUCAAGGCUCCCAUAAUAAGGCCUGCACGCUCCUCUUCAUGGUGCUGUAUUUCUUCACCAUGGCCGGCAGUGUCUGGUGGGUCAUUCUGACCAUCACCUGGUUCCUGGCUGCUGUUCCCAAGUGGGGCAGCGAAGCUAUAGAGAAGAAAGCCCUCCUCUUCCACGCCUGUGCCUGGGGCAUCCCUGGCGUCCUCACCGUCACCUUGCUUGCCAUGAACAAAAUCGAAGGGGACAAUGUUAGUGGCGUUUGCUUUGUGGGCCUCUACAACUUGAUGGCGCUGCGUUGGUUCCUACUAGUCCCACUGGGACUGGAUGUAGUGGUGGGCGUGGCUCUGCUACUAGCAGGUAUUGCAGCACUAAACCGGGUCCGCAUGGAAAUCCCACUAGAGAAGGAGAACCAGGAGAAACUGGUGAAGUUCAUGAUUCGCAUCGGUGUGUUCUCCGUCCUCUACCUGGCCCCUCUGCUGACUGUCCUGGGCUGCUACCUUUAUGAGAGCAGCUACAGAGCCGUGUGGGAGACGACCUGGGUCCAGGAGAGGUGCAGAGACUACCACAUCCCCUGUCCCUACCAGGUGGAGAGUACAAGUCGUCCUGACCUGGUCUUGUUCCUGAUCAAGUACCUGAUGAUGCUGAUUGUGGGCAUCCCCUCAGUGUUCUGGGUGGGCAGUAAGAAGACCUGCUUCGAGUGGGCCAGCUUCUUCCACGGCAAGAGACGCAAAGAUGCUGCUGUCAAUGAGAGCAGACAGGUACUCCAGGAGCCCGACUUCACCCAGUUGCUCUUCAGGGACCCCAACACACCCAUUGUGAGGAAGUCCCGGGGCACGUCCACCCAGGGGACCUCCACCCACGCCUCCUCUACACACCUGGCUAUGCUAGAUGAACCGCCUAGUGCCAGCACCAGCCGGGCUGGCUCUGUGCGCAGCGCACGCUCCAAGAUGAGCAGCUACCACGGCAGCCUGCACCGCCCCAGAGACGGAAGAUACACGGCCUCCAGUUUCCGGGCUGCAGAUAAGCGGCUGCCCUACGGCAGCAUGCCUCGCCUCGAUGACCAGUCACAGUCCAGACACUGCAGCACCAACCGCCUGGACAGCCUCUCACGGCAGGGCUCCACCCAGCAGCUGGAGAGCCAGUCACGGCACAGCAGUGUCAGAGACCUGAACAGUGCCACCCAGGCUGUUCUCUGUAUGCGUGGAAAUGGGAUUCACAGAGUCCUGGAGGAAGACGGAGCUACAGCUUGAACUGAAGCUCAACCUUCAGAAGGUGGGACUGGACGGGUGGAAUCCAGAGUAGGAAAGAUGACUCUCUUAUUAGAAAGCUGACAAAUGGAUCCACUGUUCUCCAGCCGUAAGAGUAGAGACAACUGUGGCUUGAAUUUGGGAGCCCAGAACUGAAUCACAAACUUACUGUCCAGUUUACCGAUGAAGGCAGAGAGCAACGUCUACGUUGAACGGAGGGCACUGUGUCUGGAUUUUUGCCUUAAAAUGUCCUGGCAGCUUUAUGGAAGCUACAGGCAAAACCCCCCCCCCACCAACAAAACUAAACCCUGCCUUCUGCCUGUGUGUUUAGACAGGACACAAAGUGAAUUUCAAAGGCAGUGCGCCUGCAAAAUGUGAAUACUCAGUGCGGAUGGAGAAUGAAGGCAAAGGUACAUCUGCAGCAUUUGAAAAUAUUUCAACAUGAGUGAGGGAUUUGCACAGAACCCUGGGUUUCUGAAAUUGUGUCAAACUUAAAAAAAGGUGAGAGACGGUUCAUCGAGUUCUGCUUUCUGUCCAAACACACCUUUCCAAUUUGAUCAUGUGCCAAAUUAGAGCAAAUUCUGAAUAGUCUGUCCUGUUUGUGACCUAUAUAGCUACUGUAGUGUUAGACCAACAAGUCCUCUAGUGGCUAAAGCUGUGCAUAGAUGUACAAAGUGAACUUUGGUUGUUCAUUUGUAAUAAAGUCUUUUAUAAGGA